UGAGGCAGCAGCAGCAGGACGAGUUUCGUCGCAAGCAGGAGGAGCGCGAGAAGGCGCAGGAAGAGGAACGGAUCCGACUGCAUCAGAUGCUGCAGGAGAAGGAGUUGAAGCGGCAGCAGGCUCUCGUGAUCCAGGAGCAGGAGCGAGAGAGACGGCGGCAGCACAUGGCCCUGCUGAGAUCAUUGGACGCCCGGAAGCGGUGGGAAGAGCGAGAAAGGCGUCGCAACGAAGUCAAACUGGAGAAGGAAGCUGUGAAGGACAGGAAGUUGGAUCGUCGUCGCAUCGAAGUUGAGCUGAUGAAAGAACUGCGUCGUGCCGUGGAAGAUCUCGAGAUUAAUGACUUGGACGACUUGCCGGACGUGAAACGCAUUCCGUGCCUCCGAUUGCCCGGCGCUGCUUUUGCCAACAUUCUCAUGGUCUUUGAAUUCCUGCACCAGUUUGGAGAAACUCUGGGCUUUGGNAAGAUUUACCUCACCGCCAACGCCAACGGAGAGGUGAAGAGUGCGAUGGGCGUCCCGCUGGAUCGAAAGGACGUGCUUGUCGAGAAGACUGAGGCCUUCAUUCAGCGCCUCAGUCAAAACGCCAUCUUCAAACUGAGCGUGCAGUUGCGCGAGAAGCCGUUUUUGUCGCUGAAUCCCACUGACAAGUCUGCCAUCGUCGCCUUCAUUUGCCACGAGCUGCUGCAGAACAAGGCUGUGGUCAGGUACAUUGAAGACUCCAUCGAGAACCUCAACGCUGUUCGAAAAGACAAGUGGCUCACCGACGGUCAUUUGAGAAAACUCAAGAUGGUUUACCAGAGAAAGUACAAGGGUUCUUUGAAGCGUUUGUCGUCCGGACUGCAUGUUGCCAAUCAUCCGGAGGAUUCGAACAUGUCGACGGUUUCCGGAACGAGCGAAGGUACGAAGGAAAACGAGGAGAAUGAGGAAGAAGAAGAGGAAGAGAGCGGAAACGAAAGCGAUCAGACUGAAGAUUUCGGGAGUGAUGCGGCUUUACAAAUGCUGGCCGAGAGCAUGAGCAAGGAGGACGUUGAGAAGAAAAUGGAAAGCUUGAUUCUGGACUCUGAGGAGAGGCGAUACGCCCUUUGGGACGCCUUGUGUCGACUUCGUGGUCAGCACAUUGGUCAAGAC